AUGGCUGUCGCCGAAGAAUUUGUACCUACCUGGUCAGGCAGUCUUUUGUGCUAUUUCAGACAUGCACUCUGUGUGGUUCUGCUGGCUGUUGUAGCCGACUAUGUGUGGAUGCUUCAGACAAGGUGGAAGAUGCCACCGGGUCCAUUUCCAUGGCCAAUUGUAGGAAACACGUUCAGUCUGCCCGAAGUCAAGCCCUGGUACCUGAUGGAGCAGUUGUCCAAAGACUAUGCCUCACCAGUCAUCACUUUUUGGAUCGGUCGAAAACCUACUGUAUGGAUCAACGAUGCAUGGGCUGCUGAUGAGAUACUAGUCAAGCGAGCCGGUACCUAUUGCUCGCGACCACACAAUCUUAUAUUUGCUGAAUUAGGUUCUGGACAAUGGAACAUGCUCAACAUGUAUACAAUUACACGAAAACAACGAGAGCGGUUUCGUGACCUCCGCAAGCUGACCCACCACGGUGUUGUCUUUGACAUUCAGCAGGUGCAACAAUAUCGAGGUUUCCAGGACGACGAAAGCAAGGUGGCAACGUAUGAUUUACUGAAGGCUCCCAAUGACUACGUUGCCCAUUUCGAACGAUACGCCACAAGCGUAGUCUCUAUUAUUGGCUUCGGAAGAAGGGUUGCCGACCUUCAAGACCCCAUGAUAACAGAAGUUAUAGCUAUCAUGCACAAUGCAGCUGAACUAGCUGUUCUCGCCAAGGACUUCCCUCGUCUUAUGGAAACCUUGCCCUGGCUGGCCAAGUUUCCGAACUGGAUGGCCCCAUGGAAGCAUGGGCUAGGACAAGGCCGCAACCCCAAGCAUUCUCGCGGUGACUUCUUCUAUGCCUUAGCCGAGGAGGCAAACGAGUAUGACGAAGAGAACUAUUCCAAAUUUUUGUUUCGUGAAAUGGAUAAAUACAAGCUCCACCCGCUCGAAGUGUCUGGUUUAACGGGGAAUCUCCUAGGCGCAGGCGCCGAUACAACAGCGAGUACACUCAUCACUGCAAUUCUUGCCAUGCGAGCUUUUCCAGAGGUGUUGCUUCCAGCUUGGGAGGAACUCGAUCGUGUCGUCGGUAGAGCUCGCAGCCCAGACUUCAAAGACGAUCUUCCGUACAUGCGCGCAUUCGUGAAAGAAGUUCUACGUUGGCGCUCCGUUGCUAUCAUUGGAGGAAUGCCUCAUGCUCCAACGCAGGAUGAUUACUGGAACGGUUAUUUGAUACCCAAAGGCUGCUGGGUACAAGGCAAUGUCUGGGCCAUUCACCAUAACGCUCGGGAGUUUCCUGAGCCUGAUCGCUUUAAUCCACAGCGAUAUCUAGACACUGAGGAUGCGCGUCCGUUUCCAGGCGAGAAAGGUUAUAUGACUUUUGGCUGGGGCCGAAGAUCGUGUGCAGGCCAAUACCUCGCUGAGCAGGGUACCUACGUGAGUAUUUGCCGCCUGGUAUGGGCAUUCAGAGUCAAUCCGGCCCUCGACGAAAAGACUGGACAGUAUAUACCUGUCGAUAUUUUUGACUACUCCAAUGGCUCUAAUUGGCGCCCAAACCCUUUCAGAGUGGUAUUCGAACCCCGAGAUGAACAAAUCAAAAAGGUUAUAAUACAAGAAGGAGAGCAGGCACUGGAUGAACUGGCAAAAUAUGACGGGCAGACAAAGUAUCAGUUUAGUACGUUCUACACGUAGAAGAACUGGGUAACAAGAUGCUUUUUUCUGAGGUCGACAUUGUUUCUCAGCACUAUUAAGUCGAUACUAUCUCCUUUCAAUGAAGUCAUGAGUCCGGGAGUAGAUAGAUAAUAUGC